AAUAAUUUAGAUACAUUCCCCAGCUGUUUGCCAGGCUGUUUCUAUUUCUCCGUUUUUAUACACCUUCUUCUCCUUCCCUUCUUCACUCAUUCAUCCCAUUUCUCUCUCUCAAACCUUAGCUUCAUCUCUCUCGCAAAUCUCAAACUCAAUCUUAAAUCAAAUGGAUCCGUGCUCUUUCGUACGGAUCAUAGUCGGUAACUUGACCGUUAGGUUCCCGGCGACGUCUCCGUCUUCUUCUUCUUCAUCCGAACCGUCUGUUUCCGGAAUCAACCCUUCGACUCCUAACUGCUACUGCAAAAUCAGAUUCAAGAACUUCCCUCGCCAGAUCGCUUCUGUUCCGGUCAUGCUCCGAACCGAAUCCGAAUCCGAGACGCGCUCCUCCGGUAACAUCUCAACCGUCGCCGCUUGCUUCAGCCUUAGCAAAGCUCAGAUCGAGGCGGCACUUAAGAAGCCUAAUUGGAGCGUCCUCUCAAUCGAGACUUACUCGCGCGUCGGCGAUGGCGUUAGCGGCGCGUCGUGUGGACUCGCUUCGGGGAGCGAGAAGUUGCUCGGUAGAUUCGAGGUUUCGAUUGAUUUAAAAUCUGCGGAGACGAAGACGUGUUUGGCUCACAACGGAUGGGUUGCUUUGAGGAGGUCUAAGAAAGGGGGAAAGUCAGGAUCCGAUCCGGAGCUCCAUUUGACCGUGCGGGUUGAACCCGACCCGAGAUUCGUGUUUCAGUUCGACGGCGAGCCGGAGUGCAGCCCUCAGGUUUUCCAAGUGCAAGGGAACACGAAACAAGCCGUGUUCACUUGCAAGUUCGGCGCGAGAAGUUCCAACUCCGGCGAUCGGAAUCAGUUAGGCAGUUCUUCGAUGAGAUCGGAGAAAGAGCAACCGUCGAAAGAGAGGAAAGGCUGGUCCGUAACUGUCCACGAUCUCUCCGGUUCACCCGUAGCGAUGGCCUCUAUGGUCACACCUUUCGUACCGUCUCCCGGUUCUAACCGCGUGAACCGGUCGAGUCCCGGCGCGUGGCUCAUUCUCCGACCCGACGGUUGCACGUGGAAGCCGUGGGGGAGAUUAGAGGCGUGGCGUGAGUCCGGUUACUCCUCCGACGCGCUAGGUUACCGUUUCGAGCUUUUCCAAGACGGAAUCGCCACCGCGGUUUCCGCAUCGUCGUCUAUCAGUUUGAAAAAUGGCGGGAGUUUUGUUAUUGAUGUCACCGGCGGGAACACCACGGCGGCUUCUACGCCGACAACGAGUCCUCAGGGAAGCUGGGAUCUUGGAUCCGGAUCCAGCGCCGGGUCGAGGCCCGCGUCGAGGCCAGGGUCAGGAUCCGGGUCGGAUUUUGGGUAUCUGCUGCCGCAGCAUCCGGCGCAGAGCAGAGGGUUCGUGAUGUCGGCUUCGGUGGAAGGAGUGGGGAAACGGAGUAAACCUGAGGUGGAAGUGGGUGUGACGCACGUGACGUGCACGGAGGAUGCAGCAGCGCACGUGGCGUUGGCUGCGGCGGUGGAUCUGAGUUUGGACGCUUGCAGGCUGUUUUCUCAGAAGCUAAGGAAAGAGCUGAGACAGCAAAGCCAGCUUGGUGUCGUUUGAUGUGUAUUGCUUUGUCGUUUUACCAAUUCAUGAGUUGUCUUCCACUCACAAUUUUUUCUAUUUUUCUUAAAAAAUGUUUGAAUUUUCUAUUUCUUUUUUGGUAAGGUAGCGUUAGGAAUUAGACCAACUUUAUAUCUUAUAUCUUCAUGUACAGCUAAUGAAUGACAGAAACAACUUCGUAUAUCUCA